CACCGGCAACAUGAACGCCAAGGCCGAUCGUGACGAGGCUCCGCCCUACGCCGCUUUGUUGGCUGCUCAGGACGUCGCCGAUAAGUGUAAGUCGCUCGGAAUCACGCUGCGUGCCACCGGCGGAAACCGCACCAAGAACCCGGGACCGGGUGCUCAGUCGACGCACCGUGCUCUGUUCUGUUCGUCAAAGAAUUUUGUGAUUUUUUUUAGUGCUAUUAGUAUAAACAUAAAUAAAUGCUCUGUUUUAAUCUGGCAAGUGUUUCAGUUUUUCCCGAAGUUGUUCCUCAAGGAAGACUUAGUCGGCAAAAAUCAUCUGAAUAAACAUAUUUCAGGACGGACGAGACGGUUGGCGCAGGGCAUCUAGGUGAAACAUCUCAGUACACGCAGUUUAGAAUCUCGAAAGCAAAGCAACACAUCAAAAAAACAAACAAACUUUCAAAAUCGUGAUCCCAGCGUAAAAGCACUCUCCCAAGGGAGUGAAAAAGCUGCGCAAAGCUUUUUGAUUUUUCUAUUUUUGUUCUGUCGGUAAAGUAGUAUUUUGACGUUAUACCGCUGUAUAACUUUAUAUCAACUCUAGACUUCGCCACUCAAUUUUACCUCCAUGCGUAUAAAGUGAAUAUAAGGUUUCAAGACUCUAUAGACAAAUUUUAUAUGUUGAUAUAGAGGGGAUUUAAAGUUACCUUAUGGGUCAUUCCAUCUCAACUGUGCACGAAAAAGUGCAAAUUUGAAAAUUACCCUCUCCGAUCCUGCUCAAAUUUGGCAGAGCUGUUGAUACUAUCAAAACAUGCAAGAAUCCCAUGCUGUUCCGCUUCAGAUGGAAUGACCCUUAUACAGUUCCGCGGUUACUUGGGUGCACAUCACCUUCGUCAAAAUAAACACUUAAUAUUACACACGCAAAAAAAAAGUUGCAAACCGACGGGAUUCAAACCCAGCACCAACAAAAAGGACUGGCGCCUUAGCCCACUCGGCCAUCAGACCGAUGAAAAGUUGUAAGGAUAAACGCAUAUAUGAGCUUGACAUUUCGGUCAAGUAGGUUUCCCAUACUGAUGGGCUACAUAUUUCAGAGUGUAAAAUCACAUAAAAUUGCAUAAAAUAAUACAAUAUUUAUUUUACA